UUUAGUCCCUUUGUUCCCUUUCGGCUAUCUCUCUCUUCUCUCUCUCUCGCCCUCUUCCUGAUUUGAUCGCCGGGAAAUUUUAGCCGUCCGAUCAACAAUCUUAUUAUACUCCGAGAAAGAUUUCUCCUGUCAGUCUAAUGUUCUGAUUUUCACCACCUCAGAUCUCCGAUAACAUCAUUCCGGUACCAUUUCUCGCCUUCUUUGGCCACAUCUUUAUCCGCCGGAUUACGAAAAUGAGGAGCCUUUGAUCCAAUAGAGGCUUAGAGUGGAAGCCACAUCUCAUAUCUGAAGAAUUCGAAUCUGAAUACUCAGUGUUUUAAUUCGUUCUCCGUUGCAUGCUGAUUCAAUUCUGAGCUCCUUAUUAGCUUAGGUGAAAUCUCUCCUCGGCUUGGGAACUUAGGGUUUCUCUAGUUUGGUUUGGGGGAGCAAAAGUAAAAGUGUGCUUCUUUCUGAGUCCCUCCCUUAUCUCUUAGUUGCGUAAGCGUAAGCCAUGUUAAGGAAAAUCAUGAAAGGUGGGCAUCGAAAGCCCUCUAAAUCCGAAGCUAAUGAACCUUCUAGUUAUGGGAUUGGUCCUCCUGGACCUGGUAGGUCAGGUCCUGGCUCCAAUGUCGUUGUUAGUCACGCGUCUCGUGGUGCAUUGGUUAAUUCGUCUCCGUCUCCUGUGACGGCUACUCCGCCUUUGAGCUCUGUGGAGCCACUCCCUUUGUUCAGAGAUGUGCCUGUUUCAGAGAGGCAAACCUUGUUCUUGAGGAAACUUCAGAAUUGCUGUUUCCUGUUCGAUUUCACUGACACUGUUAAGAACAACGCCAGAGAGAAGGAGAUUAAGAGGCAAACGUUGUUGGAGCUGGUUGAUUUUAUACAGUCUGGGUCUAGUAAGAUCUCUGAGUCGUGUCAGGAAGAAAUGAUUAAGAUGAUUUCUCUUAAUAUAUUCCGGUGUCUCCCUCCAGCUUCACAUGAGAAUACGGGCCAAGAGCCUGCAGAUCCUGAGGAAGAGGAACCUUAUUUGGAACCUUCUUGGCCUCAUUUGCAGCUAGUCUACGAGUUGCUACUGAGAUAUGUCGUUUCGACUGACACAGAUACAAAGGUGGCUAAACGGUAUAUCGACCAUUCUUUUGUGUUGAAGUUGCUUGACUUGUUUGAUUCUGAGGACCCGAGAGAGAGGGAGUAUUUGAAAACGAUUCUUCAUAGGAUUUAUGGCAAGUUUAUGGUUCACAGGCCCUUUAUUAGGAAAGCAAUCAAUAACAUAUUCUAUAGGUUUGUUUAUGAGACAGAGAGACACAGUGGGAUUGGGGAACUCUUGGAGAUUCUAGGUAGUAUCAUUAACGGGUUUGCGUUGCCUAUGAAGGAGGAGCACAAGUUAUUCUUAAUCAGGGUCUUGAUACCUUUGCAUAAGCCAAAACCAAUUGUUGUGUAUCAUCAGCAGUUAUCUUAUUGCAUCGUUCAGUUUGUGGAGAAAGAUUAUAAGCUUGCGGAUACAGUAAUCAGGGGUUUAUUAAAGUAUUGGCCCGUGACAAACUGCGCGAAGGAGAAUCUCUUCCUUGGAGAACUUGAAGAAGUUCUUGAGGCAAUACAACCUGUCGAGUUCCAGCGUUGCAUGGUUCCGUUAUUCCAACAGAUUGGUCGCUGCCUCACGAGCUCUCACUUUCAGGUUGCAGAACGGGCACUGUUCUUGUGGAACAACGAGCACAUUGUGGGUCUAAUCGCGCAGAACCGAAGCGUGAUCCUUCCAAUCAUAUACCCUGCACUGGAGAAGAACAUCCAGUCUCACUGGAACCAAGCAGUUCAUGGUCUAACCACAAACAUCAAGAAAAUGUUCAUGGAGAUGGAUCCUGAACUCUUUGAAGAAUGCCAGAGGCAGUAUGAAGAGAAGCAAGCGAAAUCUAAACAAGUGGAAGAACAACGGCAAUAUACAUGGAAGAGAUUAGCAGAAGCAGCGGCGGAUCGAGACAGAGCAGGAGAAGAAGAUCAUAUGAUCACUUCCUAGAUUGAUCAAAAAGGGUAUUAUUCUUUCACUUUUUUGUUUGUUUGUUCUUAUUUAAUCAAAUCGUUUACUAUUAAUUUUCCUUUUUCAAACUGCGUUUUGUUUUUGUUUUGAGAAAUCAUGGGUUAAAUUCUGAUUGCUCAGAGAAGUAGAGAGAAGUGAGCUGUUUACUAGUACUAAGAAUGUGUUUGUGAUCUUCUGUCCUUUUUUUUUUCCCGUGGAAGGGCACUUUAAAUUUUGUAAAAUUUGAAUUAUAUAUACUGGAUGUUUGUAGCUUGUGUUAAUACUACUACUAGCCAUCUCAAGUCCAAUUUUAGUUGUCUUGUCACU